GCAAAUCAUCUCUCUCAACUCUUUCUUCAACUUCCAAACCCUUCCCAACAUCUUUAUUCUCGUAUUUACGAAGAAAACCCGAAAAAUGGCAACUGCUGCUUUCCAUGCUCGCUCCAACAGUUUGCCUGCAAGAUCACACCCUCUAGUUGCGGAGAUCGAUGAGCAGGUUUGCAGGUUGAGACAAUCUCAAGCUGCCUCCACAUCAUCAUCAUCCAUAGGCCACAACCUGAAUAGCCUUCAGGUUGUGUAUGAUUGUGUUGACCAGCUGUUCCAACUGCCAACAACUCAACAAGCCUUGAUCAAUGACCAGAAGACCUUCAAUGAGCUACUGGAUGGGUCUUUGAGGCUCUUGGACUUGUGUAACACUGCCAAGGAUGCCUUGUCGCAAAUGAACGAGUCCGUUGCUGAACUUCAAUCCGCCAUCCGUAGAAGGCAAGGUGGUCUGGAAGGAGAAACCAAAAGAUACCUCAAUUCCAGAAACACUGUGAGGAAAGCAAUCCAGAAGGUCUUGAAGGGUAUGAACAGCAAGAAAUGCACUUCAUCAAACAACGUUGAGGCAAUCUCUAUGUUGGAGGAAGCUGAGUUUUCUGUUGUUGAGGUUUUGGAGUCCUUGCUCUCAUUCAUUUCUCAAUCAAGCUCCAAGCCAAGCAGCUGGUCAAUUGUUUCGAAGCUGAAGAGGGUUGCGGCAGCCUCAAGUACUGAGAAUGAAUUUGCAGAAGUGGAAGCAUCUUUGAAGACAAACAAAUCUGGAGAAGAGGUUCAAGUUCAUCUAAAGAAUUUGCAGCCAUGCAUUCAAGACCUUGAAGAAGGAGUUGAGUGCCUCUUUAGGCGUGUCAUUAAAACAAGAGCCUCAAUUCUCAAUAUCCACAAUCUGUAGUAUCAAAGCCACACUUGUACAUGAUGAUUUGAUCAUCUCUGUAAACAAAAUAGAUACUCAAUACACAAGUAUACAAGUUCUCCUGGAAAUUUCUGUCCCACUUACUUUAUUGCUGUAUCUUCUAGCGCGCAGUACAUGCCCUUCUGUUCAUUUCAGUUGCUGCAUUUCCGAAUCCAGUUGUGCGGCAAACCAAGUCGCAUCAGACAAUGAGUCGAACUGAGAGAAGGAUAUGCAUGAAAGAACUCAAUGGAGAGACAUAGACCUGCCCUGUCGUAGAUGCAACCGUAGUGGUCGUUAUAGAUCAACUUGCAAGGCUAGAACAAUUUUAGGUUGCUGAUCUUUCACAAAAUAGACCAAUGAAUGAGCAUACAGUUU